AUGUUUACUUCGCUGAGGAGAAUGACGCACAAUGCAUUCCAGGGCCGUUUCGCUCAUUUUAAUGGGUCCUACGAGGAAGCCAUAAAAACGUUAAGCCUUACUUUACAAAGUAACACUGCUUAUUUGCAAUCUGUUAAGAAUGCAAAUAAUUCUACUAAAUUGAAAGAAGUAGAAAAAUAUUUACUCAGAUCUGGUAUUACUUUAGAGCAACUGGAUAGUUUGUCUGUCAUUCAUGUGGCUGGUACUAAGGGUAAAGGUUCGACAUGUGCGUUUACGGAGGCGAUUCUGCGACAGCAUGGCUUCAGCACAGGUUUCUUUAGCUCGCCGCACUUGGUCUCUGUACGGGAACGUAUUCGAUUAAAUGGUGAACCUAUCAGUCAAACACAUUUCACUCAUUUCUUUUGGAAUGUGUAUCGACGUCUAGAGCAACAACGAGAACAUGAAUCUGACAUGCCAACAUACUUCAAGUUCCUGACGAUUCUCAUGUUUCAUGUGUUUUUGGAGGCAAGUGUUGAUGUAGCGAUCAUUGAAGUUGGAAUUGGUGGCGAACUAGAUUGCACCAACAUCCUACGGAAUCCAGUUUGCGUUGGUAUAACCAGCCUCGCUCUAGAACAUACCUCAUUGCUAGGCAACACCCUAGAAGAGAUCGCUUAUCAAAAGUCGGGAAUCUUCAAACCACAUACAAGAGUUUUCACGGUGCCGCAACCAGAAUCGGUGAUGCACGUUCUACGGAAACGAGCCGUAGAAAGAAGAUGUCAUGAUUUGCGAAUAGCUUCUACGACCAAAGAUUGUAAAUGGAACGAUAUUUUCUCGUUGUCAGGCAUUGAUAUUUAUAGCGUGCAGCAACAGAAUGCUUUGCUGUCGAUCAGCAUAGCGCACGAGUGGAUGAAAUCGCAUUACGAUCAGUCUAUUAUAUACAUCAACGAUUUUCAUGAUCUCCAAAGUGAAAAGAAUGAUUCAUCACAAAUUAUUUCUCCAAAUAAAGUCGCGACUGCAUUGGUGAACUGCAAAUGGCCAGCUCGCAUGCAGAUCCUGAGGACUAGUGUGGCAAAUUUCUUUCUGGAUGGUGCUCACACGAUCGAGAGUAUCGUUAACUGUGUAUCAUGGUUUAAGAGAGUCAGUCGGGAAGCCUCCAGUAAGUUCCUAAUAUUUAAUAUCAGCGGUGAUCGAAAUUCUCUAGAAUUAUUAAAACUGCUGAAACCUUUGAAUUUUGAUAGAGUUUAUUUCGCUCCAAAUUACGCUGGAGUGAUUAGCGUGGAGGAUUUAUCAAAUCAUAUGCUACUCGAUGAGCAGAGAAAGAAAUGUAAAAAACAUUGCGAGUUGUGGGGCAAUAACUCUAUGUCGAAGAAUACAGUUGCUGAAGUGCUUUAUGACAUUAAGGACUAUGUAUUGUCGCAGGAUAAUCACGAUAAAAUAGAGGUACUUGUAACGGGAUCCUUACAUUUAAAUGGCGCGGUAUUAGCUAUUUUAGAUCCAGAUUUGACAAUGACUAGUGAUUUUUAAUGUAAUGUAAAGUAAUAUUAAAAUUUGACCCAUUAAGAUGCCUACAAUCAUGACGAAGCAAUUCUUAUGAGAAAUACAAGA